CGUAUCGUUCAGUUCAUUUCGGUUAGUUAUCGGUCUCUCGUACUCUCACGCGUACGCCUGUUGGAACAUCAACUGUUUAUUUCUAUUAAAAUUGUUGUUAAAUUGUAACACGUUGAAACUAAACUAGUGCUGUGACACGGUUAAGUGCUGUUUCAGUUUUUUGGUGUUCGGUGAAUUUUAUUGAAAAAAGAUAAGCAUGGGGGAGGAUAGGAACGACAACGCAGAAGAGGUAACAGUCGACGAAAAGGAGGCUCCUCCGGACGCCGAAGACGCUACAGAAGCUAAAGCUGAUGACAAAGAAGAAAAAGCUGAUGACAUAGAAGAUAAUAUGCAGAAGCAAAUAGACGUGGUAAUAAACAAGGAAAUGACGAUGAAAUACGCAGAUAGUGCUAUCAGGCAGCGAGAAAAUGAGAAGUCUAAUUACAUACAGAAUAUUAAGAACUCGACCUCAGGGCUGAGUUUAAGCGAUCUGAAUCAGAAAGAGGAAACUCUUUUGACAGACUCGAAGACUGUUGCGAGAUUUUCGCCGAUAUGGAAACAGACCUUGGCGUCCAUGGCUGCCAUCUUGAUGACGUUCACGGGGGGCCUCACUUCGGGCUACUCCGCGGUGCUGCUGCCACAGCUGAAGGCCUCAGACAGCACCAUUCCUUGUGACGACAGCACUGCUUCCUGGAUCGCGGCAAUGGCAGCCCUGCCAAUGGCCCCCGGCUGCCUCAUCGGAGGCUGGCUCAUGGAGAAGUUCGGCAGACGCAACGCGCACUACAUGGUCUGCGCUCCGUUCCUUCUCGGCUGGAUCCUCAUCGCGUGCGCCAACAACCUCGCCCUCAUCCUCCUCGGCAGGUUCUUCACGGGCCUCUGCGUUGGCUUAAUCGGACCUCUAGGCCCAGUUUUUAUAAGCGAGACCACCAGCCCGCAGCUCAGAGGCAUUUUCCUCGCUGCGAUAUCAUUGGCCAUCGCUGUGGGCAUCUUAGUCGCACAUCUGAUUGGCACAUGGGUGCACUGGCAAUGGACUGCUAUAAUCAGUUGCAUCUUCCCAAUUUUAUCAGUUAUUCUAUUAAGUCUGAUCCCCGAAAGUCCAACCUGGUUGAUCUCCAAAGGCCAGAUCGAAGAUGGCGUCAAAGCUUUUACUUGGCUGAGGGGUUACGACGAAGAAGCCAAGAUAGAAUUGAAAGCUAUUAUAGACAAGCGUAAAGCUACGGAUAACGAACCAAUACAGACUUUAAGGGAGAAGAUUCGUAGUUUGCAAUCCCCUGAGCUUAUAAAGCCAUUAUUUAUAAUGAUAGUUUUCUUCAUUACAUGUCAGUUUUCUGGUGUCAAUGCUAUAGCGUUUUAUUCUAUAGAAAUUAUUCAAAAAUCGGUCGGCGAAGGUAUAGAUCACUAUACAGCUAUGUUUGUUAUUGAUUCCUUAAGAACGGUCAUGUCAGUUGUUGCUUGUGUUACAUGCAAAAAGUAUGGGAGACGACCUCUGUGUAUGUUAAGUGGAAUUUUCACUGCAUUGUCGAUGGUUGGACUAUCAAUGUUCUUGUACUGGACUGAUGGGCAACCUACUAAUUUAUCCUGGAUUCCGCUAUCUUUCCUGAUGCUUUACAUUUGUGCCAUUUCAAUAGGACUUGUCCCUUUGCCCUGGAUGAUGUGUGGAGAGGUCUUUCCUACAAGAGUUAGAGGUCUGGGAUCAGGGAUUAGUUCUGCGACUACAUUUGUAGCUUUUUUCAUCGUCGUCAAAACCGCUCCUGGCAUGAUGUCGGAUCUGGGCGAGGUGUUCACCUUCCUGUUGUACGGUAUUGUAGCGCUCAUUGGCACGGGUAUCCUUUAUUUCAUUUUGCCCGAAACUAAAGGGAAAAGUUUGCAAGAAAUCGAAGAUAAGUUCAAAAGUAAUAAAAUAAGUAUAGCCUAAAUUGCAUUGAUGCCGUUGUAGUCUCGAUCGACAUUCACAGCUGGGCAAACUUGUAGGUCUCUUAUAGGAAUUCCCACAUCAGGCCUAUUUCCGCAUGUGUCUAUUCCUGCACGGCUAGCGCGCAACAGACAUUUAUCUUCCCGAGCAGAGGAUAAAAUGUUAUCUUCUCCCACAGAUGUAUUAACUAUCCGAGCAUUGGCGCACAAGAGGAAAAUAAUAUAAGUCUUAUAAUAAACUGGGGUAAACUUCUCCUACUCCCUGCUGCCGUGCUUUGGCACUCGGGGGAUAUAAUGUUUGUCUCCUGCCUAUUUUUAUAGUCGUGAUGUCGUCUAUCCACCUUCGUUGGGAGUCUAUGUAAAGUUAUGUUGCCAUUUUAUUAUCCUGGAACCCGUCUGUUCUCCGAGCAAUGUGCCGUGCUGAUUGCCACUUCGCCUUUGCAACUGGUCAAGCCACUGAUUUUUCAGAUUCAGCAACGAAUCAUAUUCCGCGCCUUACCCGCAGAGUGACUCUGAGCUUUAAUUUUAAGUAGGUAGAUAUUAUAAUAGUUAAGUAGGUAGGUAGUACUUAAGAAAUUCCAUUGAAAACUGUACCCGCUGAAAGCGUACAUUAUUUACUGUCUGUGAUAUCGUAGUUUA